GAAUGCUGGCUGCGGCUGCUCCGAGGCCUCUGUUCUGCCACCUUCUAGUCCUCUAUCAACUCCUCGUGGGCGAUGGAACUCCCGGGGUGCCCAGGCUCGAAACCUUUCGGCCACCCCCUUGGCAGGGUGUUUUAACAGUGACUUCAUCACAAUUUUAAAACAAUGGCCAAGAACAAACUAAAAGGGCAGAAGUCCAGGAAUGUAUUUCAUAUAGCUAUCCACAAAACUUUCAAGGCUAAAAACAAGGCAAAACCAGUUACUACUAAUCUUAAGAAGAUAAACAUUAUGAAUCAUGAAAAAGUCAACAGAAUGAACAGAGCUUUUGUAAAUAUACAGAAAGAACUUGCAAACUUCUCAAAAAGCCUUUCUCUUAAAUCUGUGCAGAAAGAGCUGAAGCACCAUGAAAAUGAAGCAGCUAACGUUGAUGAAGCAACACGACUAAUGGCUCAGUUGUAAUACAAUGACAGUGAAUCACAUUACCCCAAAGAUCAAUAAAUUGAAUGUUUCAUAAAACUUU